AUGCGGGAUACUGGGGUUCGAACUAUAGGCAAGGCAAACUCCCUGCCCACUGUGCUAUCACUCGGCCCCAGAUGGAGCCAGUGGUUGGCCCCAGGACUAACCCGUCGUUUCCUGUGUUCCCCCUCCCUUGACAGUGAGACCGUCGUCUGCUCCAGCCGGGCCACAGUAAUGCUAUACGAUGACAGCAACAAGCGCUGGCUCCCCGCAGGCUCUGGCCCCCAGGCCUUCAGCCGCGUCCAGAUCUACCACAACCCCACGGCCAACUCCUUUCGGGUCGUGGGCCGAAAGAUGCAACCCGACCAACAGGUGGUCAUCAACUGUGCCAUCAUCCGGGGGGUCAAGUACAACCAGGCCACCCCCAACUUCCACCAGUGGCGGGAUGCCCGCCAAGUAUGGGGCCUCAACUUCGGCAGCAAGGAGGAUGCGGCCCAGUUUGCCGCCGGCAUGGCCAGCGCCCUAGAAGCUUUGGAAGGUGGGCCUGCGCCCCCCGCACCACCUCCCACCUGGUCGGUCCAGAACGGCCCCUCCCCGGAGGAGGUGGAACAGCAGAAAAGGCAGCCACCCGGUCUUCCCGAGCACAUGGAACGUGAACGCCGGGCUUCCAAUGCAGGAGGCCCACCUGCCCCUCCCGCUGGAGGACCCCCCCCACCGCCCGGGCCACCCCCUCCUCCAGGCCCCCCACCUCCCUCAGGCCUGCCCCCUUCAGCCACCUCGGCUGUGAGCCACGGAUCCGGGGGAGGUCCGCCCCCUGCACCCCCCCUCCCCACAGCACAGGGUUCCAGUGGCGGAGGGACUGGGGCGCCCGGUCUGGCCGCAGCCAUUGCUGGAGCCAAACUCAGGAAAGUCAGUAAGGAGGAGGCCCCAGGGGGGCCUUCAGGCCCCAAAACUGAGAGUAGGAGCACUGGCGGGGGGCUGAUGGAAGAGAUGAACGCGAUGCUGGCCCGGAGAAGGAAAGCCACACAAGUUGGGGAGAAGCCCCCCAAGGAUGAAUCUGCCAAUGAGGAGCCAGAGACCCGAGUCCCGGUCCACAGCGAAUCUGUGCGGAGACCUUGGGAGAAGAAUAGCACAACUUUGCCAAGGAUGAAGGCCUCUUCGUCUGUGACCACGUCCGAGGCACACCCCCCGACACAUAGCUCUGGCGAGGAGUCCGAAUUGGAGAGAGUGAAGCAGGAGCUUCUGGAAGAGGUGAGGAAGGAACUGCAGAAGAUGAAAGAAGAGAUCAUUGAAGCCUUUGUCCAGGAGCUGAGGAAGCGGGGUUCCCCCUGACCACAGGACCCCAGAAGAGCCUGUGUCUCCCCUCUGUACCCCGCCUGGCCCCUUGCUCUCCCUGCCUCGAUUUGGAACUGGCCGAGGACCACACAGGAAUGAAGCUUCCCCACUCCCCCCCUCCACCC